UGCGUCACAAAGAUGUCUCACUUGGCCAUACCGUCGCCAUGUACCGCUUGCACAUCCUGUCGGCGGUCUAGUUGAAGACGGCUGCCGGCACACUUGGCCACGCCAAGCGGCGCCAAGACCAACACGCAAGAGUUGCAAUCACUCGGAGUUUUCGAAACCAGGAGAGAUGGACGAGACGCGAUGCUCGUAUCUCCACAGCCGUAUGGACUAGGAAGAAAGAGCUAUUGCGGAAAUACCGGAGCUGUUCCUUGGCAGCAAGCAAAGUGUUACGCGUACUCCAGGUACACGUGCCACAGUAUAAGUAGAAAACAUUUCGCCGUCAACAUGGCCCUCCGUUGUGCGGGCGAGAUCUUACGAGGAUGCAGAUCAUAUCAAGUCGACCGACAAGCAGUCAAGCAGACACUGAGAAGGACGAAGAUUUUGAGGUGGACUGGGUUCUACUCUAUGAUUUCAAGGACAUCGAGCUUCAUCAUGCAAUCGACGAAUACCACACCUUGAUUCGCGACAUCGAAGCAUUCGGCUUAGAAACUGAAGUUCGUCACGGGUAUGGCACUGCCGUCCUCGUACUCGUCCGCAUACCUCGAAACAAGCUUGGGAACGAAGUCUACCGUUCGAGGGUCAAAGACUGGCUGUUCGGCAUCGUCCACGUCCGGCCCCUCGGUGACAGCUCUACGGUUGUCGAUGCCGAGACACCUUCCGAAGAGAUAAGAUCGAUCUUCCACCUGGUUACAUGGACGAAAGAGCAAGGCGGCGCAGGCGUGACUGCCAGUUUCGGACAAUGGGAGCACAUCACAGCAUCAUUUGCACCACAUGCAUGGUCUGCAAAUAAAAGGUUGCUCAAACAGCUUGCUGCAAAAACCGUCCUUGGAAUGGAUGAUUUGGAUCAGAUCAAAGCGCUCUUCGGCGAGAAGGUCGCAUUCUACUAUGCCUUUAUUCAAGCCUACUCACUAUUCUUGAUUGCGCCUGCGACAUGUGGAAGCCUAUUUUGGCUUUUUUCAACACCGUAUUCGGUCUCAUUCGGCGUAUUGACGUGCAUCUGGGGCAUCGUAUUCGUCGAGUGGUGGAAAAGACGAGAGACUGAUCUCAGCAUCCGCUGGAAUGUCAAAGGGGUUGGGGCACUCAAAGUCAAUCGUGUUCAGUACGAUUGGGAAAGAGAGGAAAUCGACCCAGUCACCGCUGAAGUGAAAAAGAUAUUCCCAGCUCACAAGCGCUUGAUGAGACAGCUAUUGUUCUUGCCUUUCGCUGCUCUGGCUGGACUGGCUCUUGGCGGUAUGUUGGUGGUGACAUUCUUCAUCGAAGCCAUCAUCUCGGAUGUGUAUGGAAGUCAGCUCGAAGAAUACUGGGCGGUGCAAUAUCUGCCCACCAUCAUCCUAGCGAUCUCUUUACCAUACAUUACAGAUGCUCUUACGUUAGUUGCAAAACGAUUAUCCGAGCACGAGAACCAUCGCACAAAUGAUGAGUAUGAGCUGGCGCAAGUCCAAAAAGCUUUCAUACUGAACUUUGUCACCUCGUUCCUACCUCUCAUAUUGACAGCUUACAUCUAUGUCCCUUAUGGGUCAAAGCUGCUCCCGAAAUUGAUGCCCAAUUCAUGGCAGUCUCAUAUCUCCGUCAGUGACUUCCGCAUCGACACACAUCGCUUGCAGGAAGAGGUCAUCUCUUUAUCAAUGGCCGGCCAGUUCAUGAACUUCGGCGAAGAGUUCAUUCUUCCAUACUUGAAGCGCCGUCUCUCGGCACUCCACCGUGCUUAUCAAGAGAGCAAAGAAGCCACAUCGCUUCAUCAACGCAUGCACUCCGAAUUCACCAAGAUACUGCUCGUUGAUGCACCGCAGGAAUACAGUCUAUUAUCACGCCUCCGUUCAGAGGCAGAUGCCGAGCCUUACGACGUGCAGGAGGAUAUUAUGGAGAUGUGCGUGCAAUUUGGUUACCUGGCGAUGUUCGGAGUUGUCUACCCGCUCAUGCCGCUCGGCUUCUUGAUCAACAAUUGGAUCGAGCUCCGUGGCGAUUUCUUCAAACUCAUUCACGAAUGCCAGCGCCCUCCACCGAUUCGCUCUGACUCGAUCGGUCCGUCCGUCUCCGCACUCGAGUUCCUGACCUGGCUAGGCACUUUGUCGACGGCUGCUUUGGUCCACAUGUAUAGUGGUGACUUCUCUCAAGUCCGCCUCUCCCGACUCCUGCUCACCAUCUUCCUCGCCGAACAGGCCUACUUGGCAACAAAACUUACUGUUCGCUUCAUGUUUGACAAGAUUGGUUCUGAAGCCGUCAGAAAGGAAGAGGCGUCCCGCCGGUUGGUUCGCAAGCGUUAUCUCGAGACAUUCUCAGAAGAAGCUGCCGGCACCUCUCGCCGCCAGCGCGCUCACACAUAUACUGGACACAAGCGCUCUGCUCCCACCACACCGACUGAGGCGGAGAAGAGAGAGCUGUUCCCGAUCUACGAGGUUGAGGAGUCUGUGGAAACGAGGCAAGAGUACAGGACUGAGAAAGCGGAGAGAUUCUGGAACGAACGCAAAGAGACCAUGAGUACAGCAGAUGCGGGAGUGCGACUCAUUGUCGCGUUGAAGGGUAUGCAGGCGUCGAAAAAUGCUGAAGGAGCUGACAAGUCCAAGUGGACAUGAUUUCGGUAUCUCUUGAACAAGCGUCAAGUCAUGAAAAACUCCAUGCAUUGCGUCACGGCAUGGAAUCGAUACAUGAAGCCUUCCAGUGGCUCAUCAACGACAAGAAAGAACGAGACGGAAACAAGGAAGUUUCUUGUACAAGGGGUACCCAUCUAUACAACCCCUUCCCAUCUCCUACCGUCAUCAAAAACACAAAGUCAUGGACAAGUCGAGGUACCCAGCGCCGAGGAGGAUGGUGUGAACUGCGGCGGUGAUAGGUCGUAGGAAAUCUAGUAUCAUAUCUUCUACGAGCGUGUCUUGAUUGAUACGACAUUGAGCCUGGUCCUCUGGUCAGCGCCAUGAUAUGACUCGAACACUCAUUCCCAUACCCAUCGCACAUUGCUUUGACAGCUCUGACUGCAUUUCCAGAAUUUGCCCUAUAAUAUCGAUUAAGACUGAC